AUGGGCCUGGUGGACGCCCGAGUCAGACAGAGCGUGGCGUGGCUGGUGGGCGCCCAGGCAGAGCGUGGCGUGGGUACGCACGAGGGGACAGCCCCUCGUGGUGUGAACACGGCCACGUGCAACAAGGCGACGAGUGUCGACAUUAUCUACGGCACAAUCAACAUCAACGGCAUCGGCGGUACAAGGGUUACGGCUUCGAGGUUCAUCGACCAUCCGGGAUACGACUCGAGUACCAAUGCCAACGACAUCGCACUGGUAGAGCUGCCGCAACCUCUGAAUUAUGCGACCGAUGCCAAAAUCCAACCGAUCUGCUUGGGACUGGAAGAGGACAUACCCUUCGGAGGCAAGGCGGUGGCGUCGGGAUGGGGAGACCUGUCGUUUGGUCUUGUCAGUAAAGAUGAAAGGGGUCAUCACCUGACGUCCUGCAGGAAGUAG